AUGGCCAAGAACCUGCAGACCAUUAUGGUCUGUCGAUUCCUAGUUGAUGUCUGGCAGCUCUUCACUGGCAGUCUCUGGCGGCAUGAUGACGGAUACCUGGGACAGUGUGGCGACAGUUUUUUUCAGCUCAGCCACGUUCUGGGGCCUACUCUCGGUCCUAUCGGAGGUAGGUUCAUUACGGACUCGUAUCUGGGCUGGCGCUGGAUUGCAUGGAGCACGCUGAUCAUGUGGAGUUUCACCGGGUUGGUUGCUCUCUGCGUCGUUCCCGAGACCUACAGUCCACUCCUGCGGACUUUGCACCGGCCGGCGCUCGCAGAGAUUGGGAAGAAGGUCGUUCCCAAGGAUCGACUCGUUGACAUGAUGAUUACCUCCAUACUACUCCCCGUCUGUCUCUUCUGGUUUGGCUGGACCUCCAGCCGACACAUUGUCUGGGUGCCACAGGUUCUCGCAGGCGCCCCUAUGGGUAUGGGCAUCCUUAUUAUCUUUAUGCAGGGUCUCAACUACGUCAUCGACGUAUACGGAAUAUCUGCCAACAGUGCCAUUGCCGCCAAUGUCUUCAUUCGCUCGGUGCUGGGCGGCUCAGAUGUACCACAGCCUCGGUGUUAA